AUGUUGCAGCUGACCUUUAGGACUACUCUUUUGCUCCUUCUGUUGGCGAUCCGGUGUGUUGCACAGGAACAAACCCAAACUAAAGGCUGUGUUUGUGGAUACCCCGGAAUACCAGGGGACCCUGGGCACAAUGGCUCACCCGGUAGAGAUGGGCGAGAUGGAAUUAGAGGGGAAAAAGGUGAUCAAGGUGCAGCGGGUCCUAUUGGACCAGCAGGCAAUAAUGGCUACAAGGGAGACAAAGGGGAACUUGGUGCAGUUGGCCCAGCAGGGCUCAAAGGAAAAAGGGGAGAUAAUGGAGAAAGGGGGCCUCCUGGGAAAAUGGGGCCCCAAGGAGUCCAAGGGCCGAUAGGCCUGAAAGGAAAUAAGGGAGAACUUGGGCUGCGUGGACCCCAAGGGCCUAAAGGUGAUUUGGGGAUUCCUGGACCAGAGGGGCAAAAGGGGGAAACUGGCCUUCGAGGUGACAGAGGCAUUCAGGGACCUUUGGGACCACCUGGUAGGCCAGGCCCAAAGGGGGAAAUUGGCGUUCCAGGACACAAAGGCAACAUUGGUUAUCGUGGGGACAGGGGCACUCGAGGAGAGAAGGGUGAUAGGGGCGAGAAGGGAGAUGCACUUGUUAUCUCGAAAAGCGCCUUCUGUGUGGGACUGACAGCACUAACUAAACUCCCAGCAGCCAAUGCACCCAUACGGUUUGACAGGAUUAUUUACAACCAGCAGAAUCACUAUGAUCCACAAACAGGAAGAUUCACAUGCUCUGUAGCAGGAGCUUACUAUUUCACCUACCACAUCACUGUGUUCUCCAGAAACGUGAAGGUGGUUCUAAUGAAGAAUGGGGCAAAGAUCAUCCACACCACUGAUAACUACCAGAGCAGUGAGGACCAGGCAGCGGGUGGCGCUGUGCUGCACCUGGAGAUUGGUGAUAAGGUGUGGCUGCAGGUGGCUGGAGGAGAGCUGUACAAUGGGCUCUUUGCUGAUGAAGAUGAUGACACUACCUUCUCUGGGUUUUUAAUCUUUUCAGCUUGAUUACUUUAUAAUUUCUGGUAUCAGAAAAAAAAAUUGAUUUUGAAAAAUUAGGGAGAGAUUGCACUGCUGUUUACUCAAGGACUAUACUGAAGCACAAAUUUCAGGUAUCUGUACUUUACUUGAGUAUUUCCCUUUUAUGCUACUUCUUCUACACUAUAUUUCAGAGGGAAAAGGUAGAUGUUUUACACCACUACAUUUACUUUAACUGCACAUAAAGUAAUAAAGAUUUUACAUGCAAAACGCGACAGGCAUAUGAGUACAAUUCAUCAUCAUAGAUUAAGUAAGUAGUUCAAAACAGCUCUAUCUUAACAAACCACAGGAAUAAAAUGCAUUUUGUACAUGAAGGCAUCAGUGCAAUUUUACAUGGGCAAUUUUGCUGCAUUAUUUUUGUUUUUUGAUACUUUAAGUGCAUUUUGCUGAUAAUACUUCCAGGCUUUUACUUAUGUAGAAUUUUGAAUACAGGACUUUCACUUGUUUUGGAGUUUAACUUAGGUAAAGAUGAUUUUUCUCCUCACCACUGUUGGUGGACUGUUCUCAGUCACAUGUUAUUGUAUCAAAAUGUCAGUAUCUGCCUGUAAAUGAAAUAUAUAUUCAAAGAUGACUUGGCUUGGCUUUCUAUUUUUACCUCUGCUUUCGUCUCACUUGAUUGGUGUCUUACA